GCAAAACCGCUUUGCCACAAUGUUUGUCUACUCUUUCGAAGUUGCCCCCAUUAAAUAAUUAAUCAAACUUAUUCGAUCCACUCCUUUGCACUUUGGUCCGCAAUCAUUUCUUAGACUCCCCUCUCUCUCUCUCUUUUCAUCUCAUUGCUUGUUCUCUUCUCUUCAUAAGAGACAGACGCAGAGAACUACUGACCGUCCAAUCAAAAUCUGAUCUGCAACACAACACCUCUCCGUGCAACAGCAAACCGAUGAGAGAGAAAAAAUGAGCCACAUAGAUUUUGUGAAGAAAUUGAAGUUGUUGAAGCCUGAAGAGCCUACUCAUGCAGUUCUUGGAUGCUUCUUUUUCAGCCUCUGCUCAAUCUCUUUCUUUCUCCUUCUGGAUUACAGAUUCCUUAGUGGGCAGUUGCUGUUUGUGAGCAGUUGGUUGAAGUCGAAUGAAUCGGCAUCACCCAGAGUUGGAUUUCUUGAAACCGAUUGCGACAUAUUUCGAGGGAAUUGGGUGUGGGAUGAGACCUACCCUCUUUACCAGUCCCAAGAUUGCAUGUUUCUCGAUGCUGGCUUUCGAUGCAAUGAAAAUGGGAGGCCUGAUCAUUUCUACACCAAGUGGCGUUGGCAGCCCAAAGAUUGCAAUUUGCCCAGAUUUGACGGAAGAAUGAUGCUGGAAAAGCUGCGAGAUAGAAGGGUAGUGUUUGUUGGAGAUUCAAUUGGAAGAAACCAGUGGGAAUCCCUUCUUUGCAUGCUGUCUUCGGCCAUUCCUAAUAAAAGCUCAGUGUAUGAAGUGAAUGGGAGGCCCAUCACCAAGCAUUCGGGCUACUUGAUCUUCAAGUUUCCCGAUUUCAACUGCACCGUGGAGUACUACAGAGCCCCCUUCCUCGUCCUGCAGAGCCGCCCGCCUCCGGCCUCGCCCGAGAAGGUCAAGAUGACCCUAAAGCUCGACCAGAUGGAUUGGAACUCCGCCCACUGGAAGGGAGCAGAUGUGCUCGUUUUCAACACCGGCCAUUGGUGGAACUACGAGAAGACCAUCAGAGGGGGAUGUUACUUCCAAGAAGGGACGGAGAUCAAGAUGGAGAUGAGCGUGCAGGAAGCCUUUGAGAGGUCCAUCCGGACUGUGUCGGAGUGGAUAAGCCGGGAAGUGAAGUCGUCCAACACUCAUCUCAUCUUCCGAGCCUACGCUCCCGUGCAUUUCAGUAGGGGAGACUGGCAGCACGGCGGCACCUGCCAUCUGGAGACGCUGCCGGAUUUCACCACGCCGCCUUCAUCCCAACACUACACGGAGCUCAAAACGGUAGUGGAUGGCUUAUCGGAGCAUCUCGCAACUGGGAAAGUGGAGUUGCUCAAUGUAACACUGAUGACUUCUCAGAGAAAAGACGCCCAUUGUUCCCUCUAUUAUUACGGCGGCGGACCGGCUCCCAUCAACCGUCAAGACUGCAGCCAUUGGUGUCUGCCCGGUGUUCCUGAUUCCUGGAACCACCUCCUCUACGCUGCCUUCCUCAAACGACUCUACACCAAUUCAACAUAACAAAACCACAUACUACUUUUUGCAUACAAAUAUACGAUACACGCGGGGAGGGAAAAUUGUAUUUAGGGCUCCAAUUUUCAGCAAAUUGUAUAAAUCAAAGCUCUGAUUGUGUUCAUUGUUAUCGAGAGAGAGAUAAAAGGUACCAAAAUUACCCAA